CAUUCACAUUCAGUUCAGUGACAAAAUAAGUCAGGUCAGUCGCCGGCCGGCUUCGGGCUUCUUCGGUUUUGUGUGCUUGUAAUUUGAAAGAAAAUAUCAUGUUGCGAAAUAUUAGUAAAGUUGUAACGCAAAAAGCGAAAUUUGCCACAGCAGCAGCGCCGGCACCUCAAAUCAACCCCGAAAUUCUCUACACCGGACUCUUCAUCAACAAUGAAUGGGUGAAGUCAUCAGAGGGGAAGACAUUCCAGACGGUAAACCCGGCCAAUGGCAAGGUUAUUGCGGACAUCCAGCAGGCGGGCCAGGCUGAUGUGGAGCAGGCAGUUCAGGCUGCCAAUGAGGCUUUCAAGCUCGGGUCAACAUGGCGGAGAAUGGACGCCUCCCAGCGCGGGUUGCUGAUUAACAAACUCGCUAGUUUGGUGGAGCGCGACGCCACUUACCUCGCUAGUUUGGAAACGCUCGACAACGGCAAACCGUACCAAGCGAGCUACUUUCACGACGUAGCGGCGGUCGUCAAGAGCCUACGAUACUACGCCGGCUGGGCCGACAAAAACCACGGGUACACUCUGCCCGCCGAUGGAAACUACUUCGCGUACACCCGCCCCGAACCUGUCGGAGUAUGCGGUCAGAUCAUCCCGUGGAACUUCCCCCUCCUGAUGGCGGCGUGGAAGCUCGGCCCCGCGCUGGCGGCCGGCUGCUCGCUCGUGCUCAAGCCCGCCGAACAAACCCCGCUGACGGCGCUGUAUAUCGCACAACUCGUCAAGGAAGCCGGUUUCCCCGCUGGCGUGGUGAACGUGCUGCCGGGCUUUGGCGACGUCGGUGCUGCUAUCGUCGCGCACCCAAAGAUCGACAAAGUCGCCUUCACUGGGUCGACGGAGGUGGGCAAGCUGAUCCAGCGCGGCGCGGCGGACUCCAUGAAGCGCAUCACCCUCGAGCUGGGCGGCAAGUCGCCCAACAUCAUCUUCGCGGACGCCGACGUCAGCGCCGCCGUGGAGCAGGCGCACCACGCGCUGUUCUACAACAUGGGCCAGUGCUGCACCGCCGGUUCCCGCACGUUCGUGGAAGACAAGAUCUACGACCAAUUCGUGGAGCAGGCGGCGAAGCGCGCCGCCAGGCGCAAGGUCGGCGACCCCUUCCACCACGAGACCGACCACGGACCGCAGAUCGACGGUGAGCAGCAGAACAAGAUCCUGAGCCUGAUCGAGAAGGGCAAGCAGCAGGGAGCCAAGCUGGAGACCGGCGGCGCCCGCGCCGGCCACGUGGGCUACUUCGUGCAGCCCACCGUCUUCAGCGGCGUGCAGGACCACAUGGACAUCGCUAGGACUGAGAUCUUCGGGCCCGUCCAGCAAGUGCUGCGCUUCUCGGACGUGGACGAAGUCAUAGAACGCGCCAACAACACGGAGUACGGGCUCGCCGCCGCCGUCUACACCAAGGACCUCGACCGCGCUAAUUAUGUUAUACAGAGCCUCCGCGCCGGCACGGUGUGGGUGAACGACUACAACGUGUUCUGCAACCAGGUGCCGUUCGGCGGCUUCAAGCAGUCCGGCCUGGGCCGCGAGAACGGGCCCUACGGCGUCCGCAACUACGUCGAGAACAAGUCCGUGCUCGUCAAGCUCACCGCCAAGAACUCGUAGGCUUCCCGAUAAACACGAGUGCCGAUGAACGUAAACAACGAGGCUACAGUUUGCGCAUGAAGGCUGAGGAAUCGUAGAAUGCUUGUCCGUCUUGCCUGGUGCAUCCGCAGCCCGAGAAUUCUGAUUUCGUGCGCGAAUUGUAGUAUUAAAUUUAGAUUUAUUAUUGGUGUGUAUAAAAUAACAGUGAUCUGUUUGCCAAAUAGCACAAACUUUGAAACACCAUUUUGGGUAGACCACGUUAUUGACCGUUCAUAUUAUGCCGUUUGUAUAUGUUUUCUUUGGCACAUUGUAAUUCUACUUCUCUCUACAUACAAAAUGUGAUAAAAUCCCUGUCUUCCGUAUCUUAGUUAUUAUGAGGCUGAAUCAAUGCAUUUGCGUAAAAGGUGUCAUUUCCGUUGUCGUGUACAUACGUAUUAUACAGUUAACAAUUUUCGCUGUGGCAAUCAGUGUAAUUAAGCAUGCAUGGGGUCUUUCGAGUUUCGACCUCAUACCGCAGUGAAUUUGUUAAGUUGUAACUUCCUUGCAAUAUAUUAAGUAUAUGAUAAUAUGAUAUACGUAUGUAUUCAACUAUUUUAAUAAAGAAAAACUUAAAGAA